GAAGAGUUUCGCGUUUUGCCUAGUUAGUUGAGGCAACGCGAGAGUAAGUCUGCGCAUGCACGGUCCUGAACGAUGAAGUUAUGUUUAAGAUGGAUCCUGACACCCCUACAAUUAGACCUAGGAGAAUUCAGAACCAAAAUGUAAUCCAUCGCCUCGAACGUCGGAAAAUCAGUUCUGGGAAGCCAGGUUCUCACUGGCACCAAGUUCGCAUCUUCCAUCAGAAUGUCUUUCCUAACUACACGGUGGUCAACGUGGAAAAGCCACCUUGUUUUCUGCGCAAAUUCUCCCCUGACGGGAGAUACUUUAUUGCCUUUUCCUCAGAUCAGACCUCCUUAGAGAUUUAUGAAUAUCAAGGCUGCCAGGCAGCUGAAGACCUUUUAAAUGGAUACGAAGGCGAAAUCUUGGCAAACUCUAACGAUCAGAGGUCUGUGAACAUCCGGGGACGGUUAUUUGAGCGCUUUUUUGUUCUCCUCCAUAUCACUAAUGUGGCUUCAAACGGGGAGCACUUGAACAGAGAAUGCAGCUUGUUCACUGAUGACUGUCGCUAUGUCAUUGUGGGGUCAGCAGCCUAUCUGCCCGAGGAACCAUAUCCACCUUUUUAUGAAAUUUAUCGUAACAGCGAGUCUGUGACUCCCAACCCACGAUCCCCACUAGAGGACUAUUCCCUUCACAUAAUAGACCUGCACACAGGCAGACUCUGUGACACAAGGACCUUUAAAUGUGACAAAAUCAUUCUCUCGCACAACCAAGGCCUGUACUUGUAUAAAAACAUUUUAGCUAUUCUCUCUGUGCAGCAGCAAACAAUUCAUGUUUUUCAGGUGACCGCAGAAGGCACCUUCAUUGAUGUACGGACGAUAGGACGGUUCUGCUACGAGGACGACCUUUUAAUAUUGUCAGCCGUGUACCCCGAAGUUCAACGUGAAACUCAAACUGGAAUGGCAAACUUAUACAAAGAGCCAUUUAUUAAUUCGUUGAAGCACAGACUUCUGGUGUACUUGUGGAGACGGGCAGAGCGAGAUGGAAGUGCUAUGGCCAAAAGGCGUUUUUUCCAAUAUUUUGAUCAGUUGAGACAGCUCCGAAUGUGGAAAAUGCAACUACUGGAUGAAAGCCACCUAUUUAUCAAGUAUACCAGUGAGGAUGUGGUGACUUUACGGGUCAACGACCCAUCACAGGUACAGCCUUCCUUCUUUGUGGUGUAUAAUAUGGUUACCACUGAAGUUAUCGCGGUCUUUGAGAACACAUCCAAUGAGCUGCUAGAGCUUUUUGAAAACUUCUGUGACCUUUUCCGGAAUGCUACCCUUCACAGUGAAGCCGUGCAGUUCCCCUGCUCUGCCUCCAGCAACAACUUUGCCAGACAGAUCCAGCGGCGGUUUAAAGAUACAAUUGUGAAUGCCAAGUACGGAGGUCAUACUGAAGCGGUGAGGAGGCUUCUGAGCCAGCUGCCUAUCAGCGCCCAGUCUUAUAGCGGUAGCCCUUACCUUGACCUUUCUCUCUUCAGCUACGAUGAUAAGUGGGUUUCUGUUAUGGAGAGGCCUAAAACAUGCGGUGAUCACCCUAUCAGGUUCUAUGCAAGAGAUUCAGGACUUUUAAAGUUUAAAAUCCAGGCUGGCCUUCUUGGGCGACCUAUCAACCACAACGUGCGCAGGCUUGUGGCUUUCACAUUUCAUCCAUUUGAACCAUUUGCAAUUUCUGUGCAGAGGACUAAUGCAGAAUAUGUGGUGAACUUUCACAUGAGACACAUUUGUACGUAGAAGGAAUUCAGAGAUGUAACCUGUUGCCUUAAUCCCGUCCACUUUUUACUUUUUUUAUACUAGAACCCAAUUCAGAAUGUUAUCCUCAAAAGCUUACAGUGCAAAUUAUGAAUAAAAUACAGGUGCGGUGAAAAUACACCACACUAAUAUGUUCAACGUUGGUGCAAAGUUUUCAACUUUUUACUUUGUGUUUUGCAAUCCACCACAAUUGGGAUGAUAUCUACCUCUAAGAUUACGUGAAGUUAUAAUCUGACACUUAUGGUACCAGAAAUGGGAAAAGCUUUGAUCCUGUGUUACCUUCCAAUGUGUGGCUAAUUGAAAUAUGUAUUUUUAUAUUCAAUCCUUUACUUGUAGGGGUGUUCUGGGAAUAUGGCCAGUCCUUAGGAUAGGCCGUCAAUGCAUGGGUGUUGGGUUUCCCAGGGGGUAGACAGCAGAAUGAAAGGGCUGCGUUGUGCUCCUUCAGUGUCUACCCAGGCACUAAACUGUGUCUGUUCAUUUGGCAGUGCCUGGUACUACAGCUCAGCUCCAUUCAUGGGGAUAAGGCGUAGCUGCUGUACCUCGCUGAGUGCCGUUUCUAGUUUAGCACAUUCUACACUUGAAGUGCAUUUGUUACUUGAGGAAUACACUAUAUACACAUUAGGAAGGGGACACCGCUCAGAAUAAUCUUAAAUGUGAUUCUUAAUGGUGAUAUCUACUAUAAAGUCUAUUACCAUUACCAUUGCUAAAAGGGCUCCCUUCAGCACUCCAAACCUCGCUGGAACUGCUGAGAGAUUUGUUACUGACAAUCUGACAACAUUUUAAGUAAAUGUCAGUUUGCUUAGACUGUUGUCAGAUAAUCACUAAAAAUCUUAACUAUUUACAGUAUAUGCAAUGCAAAUGGGGUUUUGAGUAUUAUAUAGAUCACUUUCAUCCAGCAGUGUUAGCCUAAUCAUAGUUUACAGACUUCACCUAUGAGUUCUCAUGUGUCCAUCACAUUAAAAUGGGUUUUCCAAGAUUUUACAACUGAUGACCCAUCAUCAGUAUCUGAUUGUGGGGGUCAGACACCUGGGACCUCAACGAUCAGCUGUUUGAGAAGGCACUAGCACUUCUGAGAGUGCCGCAGUCUUCUUCAUGCUUACCAAGCACAGCGCUGUACAUUGUAUAGCGGCUGAGCGUGGUAUCACAGCUCAGCCCCAUUCAUUUCUAAGGGGCUUAGCUGCGCCUAAGCCAUGUGAGCCGUGAACAUGUCAUCACUCGGCAUAGGGAAAGCAACUAGAAGGCCACUGCGCUACUGCAAGAGCUGUGCCUUCUCAAACAGCUGAUUGGCGGGGGGUCCCAGGUGUUAGACCCCCACCGAUCAGAUACUGAUGACCUAUCCAGAGGAUAGGUCUUCAGUAUUAACAUCUCGGAAACCCCUUUAAGAUUAUUUUGACUGGAUGUCUUUCUCAUUUUUGUAUUUCUUUUUGUGUAUUUCUUUUCUGUCUGAAAAUCAGUGGUGUUCUGAGAUCAGACUUCACUAAUUUGACCUUGUUACAUAUAUCUAAACUGUCAGAUGCUCAUUUUGAAUGGAUUUCCCAUUUCAUGAAUUUAUGGUAAGCAAUAGGUGCCAUUUGUGCCUACAAUACAGCUAUCCAGACUGCAUAUAUACCCACGGUUUCCUCCUCCUCUCUGUUACGGUGGCAUUGUGGUGAGGAAUUCCUUGCCUUGUCAAUAAAGCAGGAUGGGUUGAUUGGGAAAUCUAGGUAGAAGAGCCACAAAUUUCUUACACUGCACCUCCUUCUUCACUGUUUAAAAUGUGGUCAUUUUCAGACCAUCAACAAUCGUACUUGUAUCUCCUAUUAUGUGGAUAGUUUAUAAAUGAUGUUUUAUAGGAAGCCCCUUUAAAGAGGUUGCACAGGACAUUGAUAGCGAUGGCUAGUCCUUGGGCCACUCCUGAUUGGUGUGGUCUGUCAGACCCCUGCUGAUGAUCUAAUAGUGAUGGCUUAUCCUGAAGGUAGUCCAUCAGUAUCAAAAUAUUAACAUUCCAUGUAUUUUUCAAGUAUGGAAAUGUGUAGUUAGUAUUGCAAUAAUUUGGAUGUUAAAUAACCUAUAAGGCCACCUGUGCUAUAUUUGGCUUUAAGCUGCAAAACACCUAUAUUUUAUACUUUUCACAUGUGAGACUUUUAUAUAUCUAUAUUGGUCCUAUAUUUUUUAGACAAAGAAUCAUGGAUUAAAUUCACAACAAUUGAUCAAAAACGUAUUUGUUUUACUUUUUAAAGAAUUUGGAUAUGCUGUUUGAUAACCAGGUCUAGUUUAUGACCGCGUCUGUCUCCUCUAUAGUCCCUUGUAAGGUAGCAGGCAAUUUUUUGCUUGCAUUUUCCCCUAAUAAGACUAUGAUGGGCACAGAAACCAGUUCAGUCCUCUGCUAUAGAAAUAUGCAGUUUCCUCUAGAUGUUUAUAUAUUUUAAGCGUGGCAUUAGUGGAACACCACAGACAAUACUGAUAAACUGUGUUAUUCCUAGGUCAGGACCUCAGGGAUGAUACAUCGUACAAAGAUUUCAAAAACACUCCUCGUUUCAUGUGUUCCCUCUUAGGCCUUCUUCUAUUCACAACAGUAUAUCCGUUUUAUUCAGUGUUAGGUUAAAAUCAGAUGUCCAAAUUGAACUCCUGAACAUCCAUUUAUCCUCUUGGUAUGCGCCAUAACUUACUGAAUGGGAGGAUCUUCAGUGUCUUGUGGAUGGUGAGCUAUGUUUUACAUAAUAUUAUUUUACCGGUCCUGGAAUGCUUGUUUUAGGCGGCACUCACACGGCCGAUUCUGUUUUGUGGUCCUCUAUUUUAUGAGGCCCCAUUGUAACAAUGCCUGUUCUUGUCGGCAAAAUGGAAAAGAAUAGGACAUGUUCUAUUUUUUUUGCAGAUAUACAGAUGCCGUGCUGUCCGUAUUUUUUUUUCAUUAUUAUUGAAAUUAAUGGGUCCGCAUCCCAGCCGCAAAAAAUGUGUUUCGGGUGUUGACCAAAAAUACACUUGUGUAAAUGGGGUCUUAGUAUAUAAUCAUAUUCCUGAUGAAAUAAUAGUUUAGCAAUAAUCUGUGCAGGCCCUCUAAUGUACUUCCUAGAAAAAUAUGAAUAAAUUGACCACUAGGGGUUACCAGUCCCCUUGUCAAAGCGAAGUGUCACUACAGUUUUUCGGGACACCUCAAUGUCUUGUCCAUAUUUCCAUGCCAAAAACCACUGGUGUAUGCAUGUGUGAAUGAGUCACUGUGCUAUCCAUAAAAGAUACGGAAAGCACAUGGAUGAAAGCCUUAGGAGGAAUAACAAAGGAUUGGCACAACACAGAGUUGUAAGAAGAGAUGUUCCAGAAUUAUUUAAUAAGAAAUACAAUUUAUGCUAAAAGAGACCUGUCAAGAAAGGUAACCCAUCUCCAAUUAACAUAAGGGGCACUUAUUUGGUUAGUGGUUAGCAAAGAUUAAAAAUAUAUGUUUCCCAGUGAUAAAAUAUUAUAGAUUGCGUAAUGUCUUCAAAG